AUGUGCCUAAGGCAGCUUCUGCAGUCCUCCCAGCUCCAGCGGGCUUGGAGGGCGGCCUUCCUGAAACAUGUCCAGGGCAGGCACCCGGGAGCCCGGAGAUGGACGCAUUCUGGAGGUGGCCCCUACAGAGCAGUGAUUUUUGACAUGGGCGGAGUUCUGCUUCCUUCUCCAGGGAGCGUGGCCACAGAAUGGGAGGUACAGAAUCAUAUCCCUUCUGGAACUAUAGUGAAGGCCUUGAUCUCAGGUGGCGAAAAUGGGCCCUGGAUGAAAUUUAUGAGAGCAGAGAUAACAACAGAAGAUUUCUUACAAGAAUUUGGGAGACUUUGCUCUGAAAUUUCAGAGACCUCCGUGCCCGUGGACUCCUUUUUCUCUCUGCUGACCAGUGACCGAGUGGCGAAGCAGUUCCCAGUGAUGACUGAGGCCAUAACUCAGAUUCGGGCUAAAGGGCUUCAGACUGCAGUCUUGAGCAAUAAUUUUUAUCUUCCCAAUGGGAAGAGCUUUUUGCCCUUGGACCGGAAACAGUUUGAUGUGGUCGUGGAAUCCUGCCUGGAAGGUGUCUGCAAGCCAGACCCCAGGAUAUACAAACUGUGCUUGGAGAGGCUUGGCCGGCAGCCUUCUGAGUCCAUCUUUCUUGAUGAUCUUGGACCAAAUCUAAAAGCAGCUGCCAGCCUUGGUAUUCACACCAUUAAGGUUGAUGACCCGGAGACUGCAGUAAAGGAAUUGGAAACUCUUUUGGGAUUUCCAUUGAGAAUGGCUGUUCCAAACACUCGCCCUGUGAGAAAGACAAUGGAAAUUCCCAAAGACGCUUUGGAGAAGUACCUCAAAGACUUACUGGGGACCCAACCCACAGGCCCAUUGGAACUCCUUCAGUUUGAUCACGGGCAGUCAAAUCCCACCUACUACGUCAAGCUGGCUAACCAUCAGCUGGUUCUGAGGAAGAAACCCCCCGGGACGCUCCUUCCAUCCGCGCAUGCAGUAGAGAGGGAGUUCAGGAUAAUGAAAGCCCUUGCAAAUGCUGGAGUCCCUGUCCCCAAAGUUCUUGACCUUUGUGAAGACUCAAGUAUCGUUGGUACCCCUUUCUAUCUGAUGGAAUACUGCCCAGGCCUCAUCUACAAAGACCCCUCUCUACCAGGCUUGGAGCCCAGCCAGAGGCGGGCCAUCUACACUGCCAUGAAUAGAGUCUUGUGCAAGAUUCACAGUGUGGACCUCAAGGCUGCAGGCCUGGAAGACUAUGGGAAACACGGGGACUAUAUUGCACGUCAGGUGCAAAUAUGGAUCAAGCAGUAUCGAGCUUCAGAAACCAGCACCAUUCCAGCAAUGGAGAGGCUCAUCGAGUGGCUGCCCCUCCACCUUCCCAGGCAGCAGCGGACCACAGUGGUGCACGGGGACUUCAGACUGGACAACCUGCUGUUCCAUCCGGAAACUGCCGAGGUGGUUGCUGUCCUGGACUGGGAGCUUUCUACCUUAGGCGACCCCCUUGCCGAUGUGGCCUACAACUGCCUGGCUCACUACCUGCCAUCUGGUUUUCCCAUUCAGCCAGGGUUGAGUGGCUGUGAUUUGACUGAGCUGGGAAUCCCUACUGCAGAGGACUAUUUCAGGAUGUACUGUCUUCACAUGGGGAUCCCUCCUGCUGAGAACUGGCACUUCUACGUGGCUUUCUCCUUCUUCCGCAUCGCUGCAAUCCUGCAGGGAGUCUACAAGCGCUCACUCACAGGGCAAGCAAGCUCGGCAACUGCGAAACAAACUGGGAAGCUGACAGAAUUUAUGUCUAACCUGGCAUGGGAUUUCGCAAUCAAAGAGGGGUUCCGGGUUUUUAAGGAAAUGCCAGCCACCAAACCAUUAACGAGGUCCCACCACACAUGGUCCCUGCUGAGGACCCCAGGCACGAGGAGUUAUGUCACCUCCACAGACUCUUCUCCAGCUCAUGCCUCAAAGGAAGCUCUGAUCUUCUCUCCAGAAGGCCUUUCCCCCCGAGUCAGGGAGCUAUAUCAGCGCCUGAAGGAGUUUAUGGAACGACAUGUAUACCCUGCUGAGCCGGAGCUACAGCGUCACCAGUCCUCGGCCGAGAGGUGGACCCCCUCCCAGCUGGUCGAAGAUCUCAAGGAGAAGGCCAAGGCUGAAGGACUUUGGAACCUUUUUCUACCCCUGGAGACUGAUCCCGAGAAGAAAUAUGGAGCAGGGCUGACCAACAUGGAGUACGCACAUUUGUGUGAGGUCAUGGGCACAUCUCUGUAUGCUCCCGAGAUUUUUAACUGUUCUGCUCCAGACACGGGGAACAUGGAGCUUCUGGUUCGAUACGGCACUGAGGAACAGAAGGCCCGCUGGUUGAUUCCGUUGCUAGAGGGAAAGGCUCGCUCCUGUUUCGCUAUGACUGAGCCCCAGGUCGCCUCCUCCGAUGCCACCAAUAUCGAGUCUUCCAUCCGAGAGGAAGAUGGCUUCUAUGUCAUCAAUGGUCACAAGUGGUGGAUCACAGGUAUCCUGGAUCCUCGCUGCCAGCUCUGCGUGUUUAUGGGAAAAACAGACCCACAUGCCCCACGCCACCAGCAGCAGUCCAUGCUCUUGGUUCCCAUGGAUACCCCAGGGAUAAAAAUCAUCCGGCCUCUGACGGUGUAUGGGCUGGAGGACGCACCAGGUGGCCACGGUGAAGUCCUGUUCGAGCAGGUGCGCGUGCCCAAAGAGAACAUCAUCCUGGGCCCCGGCCGGGGCUUUGAGAUCGCCCAGGGCCGACUGGGCCCCGGCAGGAUCCAUCACUGCAUGCGGCUGAUUGGCUGCUCGGAGAGGGCGCUGGCGCUCAUGAAGGCCCGAGUGAAGUCCCGUGUGGCCUUUGGGAAGCCCCUGGUAGAGCAGGGCACGGUCCUGGCAGACAUUGCCCUUUCCCGCGUGGAGAUCGAGCAGGCCCGGCUGCUGGUGCUGAAAGCUGCCCACGUCAUGGAUGUGGCGGGAAAUAAGGCUGCAGCGCUGGAUAUUGCCAUGAUUAAAAUGGUGGCCCCAUCCAUGGCUUCCCGAGUGAUUGACCGUGCUAUUCAGGCCUUCGGAGCAGCAGGGCUGAGCAGCGACCACCCUCUGGCUCAGUUCUUCACUGGAGCCCGAGCCCUGCGCUUUGCUGAUGGCCCUGAUGAGGUGCACCGAGCAGCAGUGGCCAAGAUGGAGCUGAAGCACCGCAGUUAG